AUGGCAUCUCCAGCACCGGUAGCGAUCGUGACCGGCGGGAACUCAGGCAUGGGUAUGGGCAUUGUAGAGCGCCUAGUUGCGAAAGGGUGGAGAGUUGCGAUCGCCGACGUCAAACCAAAUGUAAAUUUCGGAGAACAGCUCGGCGACGCAUCCAGUUUCUACAAGUGCAAUGUUGCCGACUAUGAUAGCCAGGCGGAGAUGUUUCAGCAGGUUUGGGAUAAGAUUCCUCCAAAGCCAGACCUGUCGACCACAGAUGUAGACUUCAAAGGCGUAGUGUAUGGGACGCAGCUCGCCAUCCAUUUCAUGCGCAAGAACAGCACUCCUGGUGGAAAGAUUGUGGCGACAGCAAGCGUCGCUGCCAUUGUACCGCACGAGACAUACCCAGAGUAUGAUGGCGCCAAAGCAGCGGUGGUCAACUUUGUGAGAGCAACAGCCCGGAUACUAAAGAAAGUAUGCUGCACCGAGGGCUUCUGCAGAGGCUGUGGAGUGCCAAAGGCUGACUGCUCGUAG